AUGGAAGAAGAAUCAAACUCGUCGUCGGCUCCUAGCGGCCCAACUGUUGAUAUCAAUGUCACGGGCAGUAGUCAACAGACGAGUCUAGCACCACGUUCUACCACUCCAAAUAUUCUAGGUCGUAGCUCGCCAGCACCACAGAUUAAUAAUUCUCUUGUACCGCCCGUUACUCUUCCUCGACGUCAUUCCAUUUACGGUACUGGCGAAGAUAGAAUUGUUUUGGAUAUAGGUAGUCUUUAUAUUAAAGCUGGUUUUAGCGGAGAGUCAAGACCCAGACAUAUUGUACCAGUUUACGCUGGAAACAUGAAAUUCCAUUGGGAUCCUGAAUUUAAUGGCAGUGGUGGAGUUGUAAAAGCAUGUGGUGAAAGUUGUAGGGUGAUCGGAGAGUUUGCAGAAUUAUUUGAUUUGGAAAUCGGUCAGUAUCCUGAUGGAUUAGAUGCUCUUUACGAUCGAUUGGCUCAUUAUUUAAGAGAAAUUUAUUUCAGGUACCUUUUGACGGAUCCUAAACAACGCAAGGUAGUUUUAUGUGAAUCUCCAAUGCUUCCCUUGAAAUUGAAACAAUUAAUUGCAAAAGUAUUAUUUGAGAAUCUACAGGUUCCGUCAAUUUCGUUCGCACCAUCUCAUAUGUUGGCAUUGUUGACAACAGGAUGCACAACAGGAUUGGUGAUAGAUGUAGGACAUUUAGAAACCACUGUUCUUCCGACAUUUUCUGCUCGUCCUUUGACUCCUUUCAUACGUACAACUCCGUUAGCUGGUCGUGCAUUAACAAAACGACUUAAAGAAUUGUUGUCAGCUUAUGGAAGUAUGAUAAUUCCACCUUCUCAGGAACAAAAACCAGUUCACGCCAAAUAUUUGACGCCCGCAGUUCUUGAAGAUAUUAAAACUCGAUUUAUUUUUGUAAGUCCAAUGAUGAUUUCUGAAGCAUCAAUUGGCAUUGCCGAAAAAACUUUGGUGGAAGAUAUGGAGAACAAAUACGCCACUGUGGUUUCGACCUCAGAUGUUUUGUAUCCCUUUACGAUAAGCAAACAAGGACGAGAUCGUCAAAUUGGAACUUUAGUAGUUCCGGGUUGGAUCAGGGAACGUUGUGCAGAAGUGUUAUUUGAAGGAGAUGAAGAUGAAUCCAGUGUGGUGGGAUGUGCGUUAGAAUGUUUGUUAAAGACUCCGAUCCACCUACGUGCUCCUCUUGCUUCGGCAAUUCUUCUUGUCGGUGGCACAACUUUGCUUCCAAAUUUUCAAUCUAGAUUUGGACAUGAGCUACUUCGUACUUUGAAUACCGAUAGAAGAUUUAAAUCUUUAAGUAAACUUGUUGGUCAUAUUGGAUUCUUGGAAGACAAUGGUAGUGGAAAAGUAUUCGUAGCGAAUUGUCGGACUUGGGUUGGUGGUUCAUUAAUUGGGUCUCUUAAAUCUACUGUAAUUGAAAUCUCUAGAGAUAAAUUUAAUGGUCAAGUUCCAGAUUGGACGACAGCCAAUUUAUCCAAAUCGGAUGAAACCGAAGUUGAAGAAUAA